AUCACUCCAGGCAAGUGUCUGGCCGCGCCAAGCAGAGCGCGAAAGUCUCGGAGCUCCGGGCAACUGCUCCAUCCGCACCUGUGGGAACCUCGCGUCCCGCACCUGGCACGGCUGGGUUGCGGUGCUCCGCUGUCCUCCGGGGUAUGGCGCGCGUGAAGACAGGGUCUCCCGGCCACAAGGGCCGCCUGUGAGUCCAAGAGCCGAAGAUUGAGUGGGAGCGCGACCGCGCGCACUAUGCCUGUCCGGGCGGAGGCGAGGGCGGCUUGGCGCGUGGUGGCCCUGGCGCUGCUGCUGCUCCCCGCAAUGCCUGCAGCCUCCCCGCCGCUAACCCCGCGCCCGCUGCAGCCGAGCAUGCCCCACGUGUGUGCAGAACAGAAGCUGACCCUGGUGGGCCACCGCCAGCCUUGUGUGCAAGCCUUCAGUCGCAUAGUGCCUGUGUGGAGGAGGACAGGCUGCGCACAGCAGGCGUGGUGUAUUGGCCAAGAGCGCAGGACUGUGUACUAUAUGAGCUACAGGCAGGUAUAUGCCACAGAGGCCCGAACGGUGUUCAGGUGCUGCCCUGGCUGGAGCCAGAAGCCUGGCCAGGAAGGCUGCCUCUCAGAUGUGGACGAAUGCGCCAGUGCCAACGGGGGUUGCGAGGGCCCAUGCUGUAACACUGUGGGUGGCUUUUACUGCCGCUGCCCACCCGGCUACCAGCUGCAGGGUGACGGCAAAACCUGCCAAGAUGUGGAUGAAUGUCGAGCACACAAUGGUGGUUGUCAACACAGGUGUGUGAACACCCCCGGUUCUUACCUCUGUGAAUGCAAACCUGGCUUCCGGCUCCACACAGAUGGCAGGACCUGCCUGGCCAUCAGCUCCUGCACUCUGGGAAACGGUGGCUGCCAGCACCAGUGUGUACAGCUCACAGUGACACAGCACCGCUGCCAGUGCCGGCCCCAGUACCAGCUGCAAGAGGAUGGCAGGCGCUGUGUGCGGAGAAGCCCGUGUGCAGAAGGCAAUGGUGGCUGUAUGCAUAUAUGCCAGGAACUCCGGGGCCUUGCCCACUGUGGCUGCCACCCCGGUUACCAGCUUGCUGCAGACCGCAAAACCUGUGAAGAUGUGGAUGAAUGUGCUUUGGGGCUGGCCCAGUGUGCUCAUGGCUGCCUCAACACUCAGGGAUCCUUUAAGUGUGUGUGCCACGCAGGCUAUGAACUGGGCGCCGAUGGCCGGCAGUGUUACCGGAUCGAGAUGGAGAUUGUGAACAGCUGUGAGGCUGGCAACGGUGGGUGCUCCCACGGCUGUAGCCACACCAGCACUGGGCCCCUGUGCACCUGCCCUCGUGGUUACGAGUUGGAUGAAGACCAGAAGACCUGUAUCGACAUCGACGACUGCGCCAACUCUCCGUGCUGCCAGCAGGCAUGUGCCAACACCCCUGGUGGGUAUGAGUGCAGCUGUUUCGCUGGCUACCGGCUCAACACGGACGGCUGUGGCUGUGAGGAUGUUGACGAGUGCGCCUCUGGUCACGGUGGCUGCGAACACCACUGUUCUAAUCUGGCGGGCUCCUUCCAGUGCUUCUGUGAGGCCGGUUACCGGUUGGAUGAGGACCGCAGGGGCUGCACUUCCCUAGAAGAAUCUGUGGUGGACCUGGAUGGCCGGCUGCCCUUUGUGCGGCCCCUGCCCCACAUUGCGGUGCUGAGGGAUGAGCUGCCCCGACUCUUCCAGGAUGAUUAUGGGGCUGAGGAGGAGGCGGCGGCAGCGGAGUUGCGUGGAGAACACACGCUCACUGAGAAGUUUGUCUGCUUGGAUCACUCCUUCGGCCAUGACUGCAGCCUAACCUGCGAUGACUGCAGGAAUGGGGGGACUUGCUUCCCGGGCCAGGACGGCUGUGACUGCCCAGAGGGCUGGACUGGAAUCAUCUGCAAUGAGACUUGUCCUCCAGACACCUUUGGGAAGAAUUGUAGCUCUCCCUGCACCUGUCAGAAUGGUGGGACCUGUGACCCGGUGUUGGGAGCCUGCCGCUGUCCUCCAGGCGUCAGUGGAGCCCACUGUGAGGAUGGCUGCCCCAAGGGCUUCUACGGCAAACAUUGCCGUAAGAAAUGCCACUGUGCUAACCGGGGCCGGUGCCACCGCCUCUAUGGGGCCUGCCUCUGUGACCCAGGGCUCUAUGGUCGUUUCUGCCACCUUGCCUGUCCUCCCUGGGCCUUCGGGCCAGGCUGUUCUGAGGACUGCCUUUGCGAGCAGUCACACACAAGGUCUUGCAACCCGAAGGACGGUAGCUGCUCCUGCAAGGCCGGCUUCCAGGGUGAGCGCUGCCAGGCAGAGUGUGAGUCAGGCUUCUUUGGACCAGGCUGCAGACACCGUUGCACCUGCCAGCCAGGUGUGGCCUGUGACCCUGUGAGUGGCGAGUGUCGGACUCAGUGUCCUCCUGGCUACCAGGGGGAAGACUGUGGCCAAGAGUGCCCGGUGGGAACAUUUGGUGUGAACUGCUCAGGUUCCUGUUCCUGCGUUGGAGCGCCUUGUCACCGAGUCACAGGGGAGUGUCUGUGCCCACCAGGGAAGACUGGGGAGGACUGUGGAGCUGAUUGUCCCGAGGGCCGUUGGGGGCUCGGCUGUCAAGAGAUCUGCCCCGCAUGUGAGCACGGAGCCAGCUGCAACCCUGAGACUGGAACCUGCCUGUGUCUCCCUGGCUUUGUUGGUAGCCGCUGCCAGGACACUUGCUCAGCAGGCUGGUACGGGACUGGCUGCCAGAUAAGGUGUGCUUGUGCCAACGAUGGGCAUUGUGACCCAACCACCGGACGCUGUAGCUGUGCCCCCGGGUGGACUGGCCUCAGCUGCCAGAGAGCCUGUGACAGUGGACACUGGGGGCCCGACUGCAUCCACCCUUGCAACUGCAGUGCGGGCCAUGGGAAUUGUGACGCCGUCAGUGGCCUCUGCCUGUGUGAGGCCGGCUAUGAAGGUCCACGGUGUGAGCAGUCGUGUCGCCAGGGAUACUAUGGGCCCAGCUGUGAGCAGAAGUGCAGAUGUGAGCAUGGGGCUGCCUGUGACCAUGUCAGUGGGGCCUGUACCUGCCCAGCCGGCUGGAGGGGAAGCUUCUGUGAACAUGCCUGUCCUGCUGGCUUCUUUGGGUUAGACUGUGACAGUGCCUGCAACUGCUCUGCCGGGGCACCCUGUGAUGCUGUCACCGGCUCAUGCAUCUGCCCAGCUGGCCGCUGGGGCCCACGCUGUGCCCAGAGUUGCCCACCCCUCACCUUCGGGCUUAACUGCAGCCAGAUUUGUACCUGUUUCAAUGGGGCCUCCUGUGACUCUGUCACAGGGCAAUGCCACUGUGCCCCUGGCUGGAUGGGACCCACCUGCCUGCAGGCCUGCCCUCCUGGCCUGUAUGGCAAGAACUGUCAGCAUUCCUGUCUUUGCCGCAACGGAGGGAGAUGUGACCCCAUCUUGGGCCAGUGCACGUGCCCAGAGGGUUGGACCGGCUUGGCCUGUGAGAACGAGUGCCUUCCUGGACACUAUGCAGCCGGUUGUCAGCUCAACUGCAGUUGCCUUCACGGGGGCAUAUGUGACCGGCUUACCGGCCACUGCCUCUGCCCAGCUGGCUGGACUGGGGACAAGUGUCAGAGCUCCUGCGUCAGUGGCACGUUUGGGGUUCACUGUGAGGAACACUGUGCUUGCCGGAAAGGUGCCUCCUGCCACCAUGUCACAGGGGCCUGCUUCUGUCCUCCAGGAUGGAGGGGCCCACACUGUGAGCAGGCCUGUCCACGCGGAUGGUUUGGAGAGGCCUGUGCUCAGCGUUGCCUCUGCCCACCCAAUGCCUCCUGCCACCAUGUCACUGGGGAGUGCCGCUGUCCACCCGGCUUUACUGGGCUUAGCUGUGAGCAGGCUUGUCAGCCUGGCACCUUUGGAAAGGACUGUGAGCACCUGUGCCAGUGUCCUGGUGAGACCUGGGCCUGCGACCCUGCUUCAGGGGUCUGCACGUGUGCCGCUGGUUACCAUGGCACCGGCUGUCUGCAAAGAUGCCCAUCUGGGCGCUAUGGGCCGGGCUGUGAACACAUUUGUAAGUGUCUCAAUGGUGGGACCUGCGACCCAGCCACGGGAGCCUGCUACUGUCCUGCUGGGUUCCUUGGGGCCGACUGCAGCCUUGCCUGUCCACAGGGUCGCUUUGGCCCCAGCUGUGCCCACGUGUGUGCAUGCAGGCAAGGGGCGGCAUGCGACCCGGUGUCGGGGGCUUGCAUCUGUUCUCCCGGGAAGACGGGGGUCCGCUGUGAGCAUGGCUGUCCCCAGGACCGGUUUGGCAAGGGCUGUGAACUCAAGUGUGCCUGCAGGAAUGGGGGCCUGUGUCAUGCUACCAACGGCAGCUGUUCCUGCCCCCUGGGCUGGAUGGGGCCUCACUGUGAGCACGCCUGCCCUGCUGGGCGCUAUGGUGCUGCCUGCCUCCUGGAGUGUUUCUGUCAGAACAAUGGCAGCUGUGAGCCUACCACGGGCGCUUGCCUCUGUGGCCCUGGCUUCUACGGUCAAGCUUGUGAACACUCUUGCCCCUCCGGCUUCCAUGGACCUGGUUGCCAGAGAGUUUGUGAGUGUCAACAGGGAGCCCCCUGUGACCCUGUCAGUGGCCAGUGCCUCUGCCCUGCUGGCUUCCAUGGCCAGUUCUGUGAGAAGGGGUGUGAGUCAGGCUCUUUUGGAGAUGGCUGCCUGCAGCAGUGUAACUGCCACACGGGUGUGCCCUGUGAUCCCAUCAGCGGCCUCUGCCUUUGCCCGCCUGGGCGGACAGGAGCCGCAUGUGACCUGGAUUGCAGAAGGGGCCGCUUUGGGCCGGGCUGCGCCCUGCGCUGUGAUUGCGGGGGUGGGGCCGACUGCGACCCCAUCAGUGGGCAGUGCCACUGUGUGGACAGCUACAUGGGACCCACUUGCCGGGAAGUGCCCACACAGAUAUCCUCUAGCAGACCAGCACCCCAGCACCCCAGCAGCAGGGCCAUGAAGCACUAAAUCAGAGGAACACCCACAGAUGUCCACUACUGUGUUCCAGCCCAAGGGACCCAGGCCUCUGCUGGAGACUGAGAAGACGCAGGUGGGACAUCUGAGUCCAUGCCUCUCCUGGAAAGCCAUGGAUCUCUGUGGACGCAGCCACACAUCAGGGCUCUGUGGUCAUGGGGAAGAAGGCCUCCUUUGAACAUAAGGAAUCCAGGGAAGUGGACUGGGCCUCAGGCCGCUGUUUACAUGGGGACCCUGCAGGCUGCGCUGUGGAAUCCUGGCUCUCUUCAGGGAUCUGGGGUGGGGAUAAGCAAGGCCCCACCUGCCUGCUAGGUCCUUCUGGUGCUAAGCCAUGGACUGCUGCGGCCAGCCAACUGUUUACCUGGAAAUGUAGUCCAGUCUGUAUUUAUGUAAGGUAUUUAUGGGCAAUUCCACAUGCCGUUAUGACCCUGGUCAGCUGGAAGCUGCCUGAUCUCAGAACUCAGGCAGAAGGCUUUGGGGUGGGGUGGGGGGCUUUGCCAGCAAGUGGGAUUAAGGGUUUUGUAAAACCCAGUGAGUUAAAGGCACAGUGGUGUCCUC